GCUUUAAGAUGCGCCCUCCCCACAUCCGAGGAGCGGUCCAAUCCCCUCCUCUCCCAGUCACCUGAUUCCUCUACUGCCAUUUUACACACAACUUUGAGGACAGAAAUCCAAUCGGUCCAUCGGCAACCCUGAACAAAAAGAGCGUUUUAUAGCAGCAUCAGAGGGCAUUUCUACCAACAGGCCGACCUUAAGUGAUCCUGUGGAUCAGCGCGGCGAUCGGACAUCCUCCUCGGUAUAGACGAAGAGGCGAUACUGUGAAUCAAAACCAGGAUUUGAUAGUCCUCCUGGUUAAUACGGAGAUUUGGGAAAAAUCGGUCUACAACCCAGCAAAUGUCGCAUAGAGUUCAUGUGAAAUCCGACUGUAGUCGAGCGGACUCGAGGAGCCCGUCUAGUGUCUGCGGAGGGUUGUUGGUUGAAUUCUUUAGCGGCGCAUCCUCAGCGGCCAGCAUCCUCCUCUCUGUUCCAGGGAACAUUACCGCCUACUGUAGGCCUACUGUAGCAUUCAGACCCUGGAGGUCCACAAAUCCUACUGUACUGUAGCACCCGGACCCGGGAGGACCACACCGCUGCCUACUGUACUGUAGAAUCCGGAGGGGACUGGGGGGACAUCGCCGCCUACUGUAGGCCUGCUGUAGCAUCCGGACCCGGGGGGACAAGACUGUGCGGUGCGGGACACGGCGUCGGUUCUCCUCUCGGUCGGAUCGACUUUAUUAUCGGGUCAUUCCGAUGCUGCACGAGCGAAUCGGUGAAAAGACGGUUGCGCGGAUGUGAUCGCAGGCCUACAUCAUCCUACCCCCCCACCCCCCCCUGCUGUGGGAACUCGCAUCGGAUCGCGUUCACGUCAGUGUGUGGUGUUUCCUUUUCUUUUCUCCGUCUCCAUCCUCUCCUCCUCCAACAGACGGUCUGUGCAGAGGACCAGCGGCUCCCUCCACUCAGCUCAAGAUAUCUUGGAGGAUCCUAGGCUGCUUUCUUCUUCUUUCCCGGUGCUCUCCGUUCCUCUCCUUUCGCCCGGUGAGGGGACAUGUCGGGCCAGACUCUUACGGACCGGAUCGCCGCUGCGCAACACAGCAUGACCGGCUCGGCCAUCAGCAAGGCGGCCUGCAAGGCCACGACGCACGAAGUCAGCGGACCCAAGAAGAAACACCUGGACUACCUGAUCCAUUGCACCAAUGAGCUGAAUGUGAGUGUUCCCCACCUGGCCGACACGCUGCUGGAGCGCACGGCCAGCCACAGCUGGGUGGUGGUGUUCAAGGCCCUCAUCACCACCCACCACCUGAUGAUGUACGGCAACGAGAGAUUGAUCCAGUACCUUGCCUCCAGAAACACACUCUUCAACCUCAACAACUUUCUAGACAAGUCUGCACUACAAGGUUACGACAUGUCCACCUUCAUCAGGCGCUACAGCCGCUACCUGAACGAGAAGGCCAUGUCCUACCGGCUAGUGGCCGUGGACUUCACCAAGAUGAAGAGAGGGGCCGAUGGAGUCAUGCGGACCAUGACCACAGAGAAACUGAUCAAGACUCUACCAAUCAUUCAGAAUCAGUUGGAUGCACUAUUGGACUUUCAGCCAAACUCCAAUGAACUGACUAACGGAGUGAUCAACGCAGGGUUCAUGCUGCUCUUUAAAGACUCCAUACGGCUGUUUGCUGCCUACAACGAGGGGGUCAUAAACAUGCUUGAAAAAUACUUUGACAUGAAGAAGAACCAGUGCAAAGACGCCCUUGAGAUCUACAAGACCUUCCUCAACAGAAUGACACGGCUCUCAGAGUUCCUCAAAGUAGCAGAGCAAGUUGGGAUAGAUCAGGGCGACAGCCCCGAUCUCACACAGGCACCCAGCUCCCUCCUCGAGGCCCUUGAGCAGCACCUAGCCUCCCUGGAGGGCCGCAAGAUCAAAGAGCUGUCGGCGGCUAACAGCACUGGGAUCGCUCUCAGCCGCAUGGAUGACAAGACAGACGACAACAAACUGCAACAACACAAGGAGGGGCCAAAAGUGAUUGACAUUCAGACACCCAAUGUCUCUCCCAGCACCCAGUCUGUGGGCAGUGCUAACAGCAGUGGAGGAGCCAAUGAUCUCUUUGCCAACUCUCCCGUCGUACCCAUCAGCAACCACGUGCCAAACCUGACCAGUGAGUUGUUCAGCCUGCAGCCGAGCUUCACUCCCAUCCAGACCACACACACUGUGCCCAACAAUAACAAUGCCUGGGGAGGCAUGGUAACUUGGGUGCGGUCAGGUGACCUGCUAAAGUCAGCACCACCACCCCAAAUCCAUAGCCAAGGAGCCCUUUUGCAUUCUGGGAAGAUGCUACACAGUGAUCUGGACUCCUCCUUAGCCCACCUCGUCGGCAACCUGCAGUUCGGUGGAACUCCUGCCAAAAAGCCAGAGCUGCAGUGGAGUCAGCUGGUGGAGAAGAAGCCGAGCGGGGGCGGCUGGCAGUCUAAAGGCAUGUGCACCAGCACCAACUGGGCCCACGCCAUGCCCCCUGCACCCAUGGCGGUCCCUCAGAUGAAUGGCAUGAUCUACACUGGCUACGCCCCGGCUCCUGUGGCGUUCCCUAUGACAUCCCAAGUGCCUGUAUACGGGAUGCUCCCCCCCCAGAUGGGCCAUCAGAUGGGAGGCGUUCAGAUGAUGGCUCCCCAGCCUGUUAUGUACAACCAGCCCGUCCUGAGGCCAUCCAACCCCUUUGCACCUAUGCCGGGAACCCAGAUGCACUUCAUGUAGGAACGAUAAAGUAACCAUGGCAGCACAGCUAAGGCCGAACGAAGGACUGGAAGGAGGGUGGAGAGAAUGAGAACGCAUUAAGAACGAGAGAUGCAGUUGAAGAAAUUAAACUAACCAAUCCGGAACCAAAUCCAGCGCAGGGGGAAAGAUGCAAACUGGAGAGAAGGGAGGAAAGGCAUGGAAGAGAAACCACAGGCAGGUCGAGAUGAAACCAUGAGUCUUUAAACUCUUCUCCUGCCAUCUCCUCUCCUCUCUCCUUAUCGGCGAAAUAGCGAAGAGAGGCCCUCCUCAAUCUCCUUUAAUUCUGUUUGAUUUGCCAUUAGUGAAUGGCGCCGUUCUGUCUGUUGAUGAAUGCAAUGUUUAUGGCUUGCGAUGAUACAAGCGAGAGCCGCGGAUGAAGUGCAGAAGCCUCACUAUUCCUUUACCCUUGUCAGAAACAAACCCUUCUCAGUCUCAUGACUUUAGUCAUCCAUGAUGGACAUAUCUUUUCUCAGAUUGGGUCAUUUGCACGUACUUUCCUCGAGGCAAACUUUGCCAUGUGGUUAAUGUACCACUGUUGGUGAUUUGAUGCUUGUUGAUGAAAUCCCUCCGGUAUCCUGCUUUUGGGUCGUCUGUCAGAACCUCAUUCAUGACCUGAUGUCAGCGGUUACAACGGACAGACGUGUGAAAGACCUUUUUUAAUUUCUUUGUUUUAUUCCACUAUUUUAGUGUGCUGUGUCAUUGUAUUGCAACUUAAGUCUUUUACAAGUUUUAAAGUUUGUUUGUGAUUGCCAACGUCAAAUGACAAAAAUGUGAAUUGGAAUGACUUUCCUGUUUCUUGGAGUGUGGAUGACUACGGAGGAUUUGUAUGUAUCUUUUAGUUUGUUUCUUUUUGCAGUCCUGUGUCUAGAUGUCAGGUGCCUGAUGUACUUAUGUUACCAGGUACCGCCAUGUGUAACUGCACUGGAAUCACUGAUGAAAGCACUGAGCCAGACCCAGGAACCAUAUCUGGAUAUUAACAAAACCUCAUGAACUAACUUCACCUCAAAGCAGCAGUGAGAGCACUGUGCAUCUCAUGCUUCCGUCUUCAUCUACAGCUGUGCAACAUCACGCAAAGCCCACAACCAUCUUCUUCACUACGUCUCCGUUUAGGAAAUGUCUUCGUUGUAAUAGUAGUCUCGUACUUCUUUGUGAGUCUGUCAGGAUUCUGUACAGAAUGCCGUUUGUUUUAGUAAGCUUAACUCCUGCAAUUUUAUACCCUUACCCUUAUGGUAGCGAACGAUGCACUGAGCUAAGGGGAGGUGGUCCGAGGUUGGUAGGUUCUCAGUCUUGCCAAUCAGAAACAGUCUGAGACCUCCAGAUGUUCACUCCCACCGCCUAAUAUUACCAACUGCCCUGAGCAUCGUCCCCCCCCCCCCCCCCCCGUCCACAGAUAUUCUUAAACUUCAGAUGCCAGUUUAACAGUAACCUGGGCAUUAGACCCCUAUCCAUAUCAAUAGCAAUUGCUUGUAUGGGCAUAAGAUAAGGUCAACAGUCCGAAAUGAAGAAGCAAUCCAAGAACAUUUAAGAGAAAUGUCUGUCAUGUACAAACCCUAGUUAAAUCUAAUGUCCUUUGGAUCAAUUCAGACAGGUGGCAAAGCAACUAAGAAUUGCAUCUUAACACGACUUUGGGGGUUGAAUACGAGACAGACCUACAGACAGACGGUAUAUAAAAUAGCACAAACCUCCCAAGAGGGGGGACAACACUGCUGCACAAAAACUAAAAAUCAUAGCUGGGAUGUACAGUCGAAAGGGGCAAUAAUCGAUUUUGGAGUAAGUGGUUUUUCUAAUUGAUGGUGUCUGUUGUGUCUAUGUACUGUGUGUGUAUGUACACACCUUCCCACCGAGAUGAACAGGGUCAUGUUCCCAGGGCAAGACCUUCCCUGUGUACUCCCGUGUCUACAUGGGAAGAAGCCCAGUCCUGGUAAUGUACUCACUUAGCAAUGAGUGUCGUCCUGAGCAGUUUCUCAGUGUCCUACAUGUCCCUAGGGCCUGCUAUGAGACGGCUCUAGGACCAUGUUAGCUAGAAACAUCAAACAUCGGUCAUCAGAUAUGUUGAAAUGACGAGAGCAAAUCUCAAGUUCACUUCUCCAUCAUACAACUUGAACUGCACAUGUGGAUGAGCCUGGAGCAACAUCUCAAAGAAUUGAGAAUGUACCAAUUCGUAGGGAACUUUUUUUUCUUCUCCAUUUUAGUAAUUCUCGCUUGAACUGCUGGCUGUGUCUAAAACCCAAUGUUCCCAAGAAAGUGUAGUGAUGACAAAUACCAGCAGAGAGAUUGUCAUUUGAGAAACAUUGUCACCAAGUAGUAAGCAGUUGGCUUGACGAUAAUACAGCAUAGACUGGAGAUACCCAAACGAAUGGCCAUCAAUUCGGGAUUUGUCCUUUGGAAACUUGUGGUACUCCAUACGUCCGUGUUAAGAGUGGUCCGUCUUUCUUGUGAGCAACAUUGUGGAACUCUGGGCCACAAUGCAGCCCCGUCUCUCCUAGGCCAAUCUUUGACUGUUACCAAUUGUUUUGUCCUCUGUAUAUAGGUAACGCUCUUCAUGUGUUUUAGACGUUCUCUGUAAGUGACUGAAGCGCCAUUGGACAAUGUACUGUAUGUGGGACAAUUUAUUGCUGUAACUGUGUUUGGGUGGUUGUAACUUUGAAGGUGUCAUCAUCUGAGGGGAGGGGGGGGGCGGGGCGGGUUGAUGUUUGUGACGUUUUGUGUUCAUCUUGCAAAAGGAAGGGGGGCGGGGGGGUUGGGUUCAAAGAUCAACUCUUAUCACAACUGGUCUAAACCAAGAGUGUCUUCAUCAAGGAAGCGGACAGGACAGGGUCUGUCCUCUUCCAACCAGGAACAUUUUUUGCACCAAAGUCAUCAUCAAAGCGCAGCUUCUUCUUACUCCCAAGGUCAUAAGGACGAACUCCACAGAACUCAAAAGGAUUUGAUUUCCUUCUUUAUUUUUUACAUUUAUUUCAGAGAUGAGGAAAUGGUCUUUAUUUGCAUGAUUAAGUGUCGUCUUUUUAUUGGCUUGUGUGUCCGGUAAAAGCAUGACCAUUGUGAAUUCUCACUUACCGGUGUGUUUUUAAAAUGUUUAGGAAAUUUCUCCAUGAGAUUUUUUUUUUUUACUUACCUCUUUACAUGAACAUUCAUUGACAUUCAUAAUCAUCUGUUUUUAGAAGAUGUGGCACAAGUUAACUGAUUGAAGGGUGCCUAGCAUGCAGAUAUGCAACCUGUCCAUCACACCGUUGGAUCUUCAAACACGGUUUUCCUUGCCGCAUCUGCGUAAAAACACCCAGGAUGUCAACAGCAGCCAUCACUUAGCUAGCUAGACAUGCAGUCUUGUAAAACCGCUCUCAUUAUUAAAGCGUUGAUAUUUUCAAAA